GUCCUCCAGGAACUGAACACUUCCAUAAGACCACUUAGAGAUGUAAGCCAUUACUACUUCGAUGGACAGGGGAAAUAUAUUAGACCAAUGAUUGUAUUACUUACAGCUGGAGCAUGUAACAAUCACACUUCUAAUUCAAGGUUUGUGUAAAUCUGGGGGUUGGAGGGCUGAAGGGUGUGGUUUUUGACCCCUUUUGGUCUGAAAUCGGGUACAGAUUUUAACCAUUUGUGUGUUAAAUGCGGAAAAUUUUUUUAUACGCUUUGUAACAAAAUUAAGUAAUUAAGUAAGUAAGUUUAUGACUGAAAUAGGAUAGAAAAAAAUGACAUUUUGAUAUUGCAAAGAGAAAUUUGAUGCUGAUAUGUCUUAGGCUUUAAGGAUUAAAGCUUAACCUGUUCGCCCCUGAACCACCCAUGCAGAUCCAUGUCCCUUUUACCACUUGUGACGCCAUCAGAUUUAAUGGUCAAGGACAACUAACUUGUGCAGAGUAAAAUGACCUUUCAAACCAUACCAGAAUAAGCACAAUUCAGUCAAGGACCCCAGAGAAAAAAAACGUGCAAAAAAACCUUGUAACAUUGACCUGAACAUUUCCAUGAGAAUCUUGUUCCACCACCCACCUACCUUUUCUUUCAUUUUAUAUUUCUGAGAUCCAAAAAACUUUCCUGAACACUUUUUUUCAACUUCACAAGCUAAUAUUUUAUGUGUGGAUCAAAAAGCUGUGAAGUGUAUGCCCUGUAAACAGCUUUGUGGUAUGUUUAAGCUCUUUAUAGCAAGACAGUGACCAGAAAACUGCUCAAUUAGCUUCAAAAUGCAUUCUUCAAUAACAUUUCCAGGGGCAAAUGGGUGAAAUAUGAGUGCACAGUUAUUAACAUAGAGAUAAAGAAUCAUGUUUAUGGCUUAACUAACAACAAACGUCAUGUGCAUGAUCAUUCAAGAUGACAAUUUUUCAUUUUAGGAAAUGAGCGGAUAAAAACUUUCUGAGACAAUUCACACAUAUGUAUGGAUGAACUGGCAAAAAAUCUUCUGAUUUCUGUGCAGACAAAGUAAAUGUUAAACAGCAGAUUAGGGCAAAACCUGGUCACAUGGUACAAAUAUUGAUGUUUGUCAUUUGCCGUAAAGGUGAUUCUAAAUCUCACUAAUAAUAUUCUAUUUACCGGUAUUCAAUUUUUAAGGACCAUACUGCCUUCCCAAGAAACUGUUGUCAUGGUAUCAGAGAUGAUCCACACCGCCAGCUUAGUUCAUGACGAUGUUAUAGAUGGUGCGGAUACGAGGCGUGGCAAGACAUCUGUGAAUAUGAUGUUUGGAGAAAAGAUGUCUGUCUUGGCAGGGGAUUACAUUCUUUCUUGUGCUUCCCAGGCACUGGCUCGGCUUGGAAACGCUGAAGUUGUCGAAAUGCUAGCCAAAGUUGUAGAUGAUCUUAUCAAAGGUUAUUAAAUCUGUGCUGUAUUUCCUAAAAUAAUAACCCCCCAAGUAUUAACCCCAGAACUGAAAUUUUGCUAAUAGAUUAGAAAUAAAUACAGUGUAUUACAGAUGGUAUUUUAUAGACUUGACCGAAAAACAUGUUCACAAGGUUGUGCUCUAAGAAAAGUUGAAGGGAGCCUAAGGCUCUGGACCUGUGGAAUCCAGGGUGCCCAGUAUAUGAUUUCUGUGAUAACAGCUAAGAUUUGCUGGUUGCCCAUGGGGCCACCCAGCAGUGUUAGAGAAUAGUCUAGCUUCUUACACAUUCAGUCACUUUCUGUGUUUUAUAUUUUUGUCAACUGGUGAUGUUGUUUUCUUGUUUAACAUCGGCAUGAUAAAUCAGAUGAGGAGGCUGUUUUCAGAAUUUUAGCUUGUGUCUCCUCAGUUUUAAGCCAUUUUUAAAUUAUUAUUUAUGUCUUUAAAAAAAAAACUUUUUGGAGUUAAGCCUUUUUGUUAUUUAUUAACUACAGUGAUCAAACUUUUGAAGUCACAAACAUGUGACAGAGGAACAUUUUACUGGAUUAGAUAAACAGAAUAUUUUAUGUCAUUGUUGCAGGAGAGUUUAUGCAGUUGGGAUCUAAAGAACACCCAGAUGAAAGGUUUAACCAUUACUUAGAGAAAACAUACAAGAAGACGGCCAGUUUAAUAGCUUGUUGUUGUAAAGCGGUAAGUCUUCAGACAUUAAUGAACUCUAGUUGGAACUGUGAGUUUAAAAUGUUUAUUCUAAAUCCCUCGUAUCAAAACGUAGUUUACUUGUACACUGAUUCAUGGUUCCAAAUGGAAAAUGUCUUGGCAUUGUAAUAACCUGAUUCUAAAGGUGGUCCAAAGUCACUCAGUCAGAGGGUGACUUUGAACCAUGUGGCUAGCCAUUGUAGUAUUUCAAAGAUUUUUAAAACAACAACAUUAACUUUAUUAUAUUGAACAGGUAUAAUUACAUCAACAUGGGGAAUUUAUAGUAAACCCUUACAGGCUUUUACAAGAUUCCCCUUAUUUGAAGUACAUUUUAGUGUAACUUAAUGGAUUUUAUACAUUUUUAGGUUUCUGUAUUUGGUGGUUGUAGCCCUGAAAUUCAAGAAAUAGCCUAUCAAUAUGGAAAAAAUAUAGGAAUGGCUUUUCAGGUAUGUUUGUUGCAUUUUAAAAUCAUUAAUUGAGGUGUAACAUUUGUAAGUCCUAACUUGACAUCACUUGUUUAUCCUUUUUCUCCCAGAAUCGAUUGUGAGACAUGACUCUGUAGUAUGACCACUGAAAUGAAACUUUUUCAGCAGUAAUUUUGUUUGGUACCGUUUGGAUAAUUUAGAAUUUUACUGAAUUGUGCAGAUUUUUAAAUCUGUUAGUUUAUAAGGAUAAAAUGAAAUGUGUUUCUCCUUCCCCCUUUCCCCACUGGAGGUUUAUAAUAAUAUUGGUUUCAACAUUCCCACUUUUCUGGAAAUCCCAGUUUUGGUUUAUACUUUCCUGAAACAGGAAAAAAGUUGUUAAUGAUAAUAAUUUUAUUAUAAAUUGUUCUUUUUGCCAUUAUUUUAGGUUGUAGAUGAUAUUCUAGACUUUAUAUCAACUGACAUGGAAAUGGGAAAACCAACAGCCACAGAUUUACAACUUGGACUGGCAACAGCUCCCGUGUUAUUUGCUUGUGAACAGGUGAAGGAAAAUGUUAAGAAAAUUGUCAAACCAUGGGCAUACCCCUGCAGUUUUUUCUUUAUGGUUGUCCUGUAAUAACGAGAAUAUGGAUUAAUGUCAGUGCAUUUUAGAACAUGGUGUAGAGUCAAACAGGAUCUAUUACUUUAGACAGAAUUUAAAUGAUGAUAGUUAAAGAAAAGAUAUUGAGCUUCACAUCCCACUGCCUUAAAAUAAAAGUACUGGGCAGUACAGGUCCUGGUUGUUCAAACGUUGGAUAGUGCUAUCCACCAGAUAAAAAUCUAUUCAGUGGAUAACGCAAUUGGUUUCCCUAAGACCGUAUCUAUUCGAUUAACUGCCCUGGGCACUUAUUAAAUUUUUGGACUUUCAGAGUGGGCGCUCAUUUGAAGUGGGCACUUCUAUAAUCUUCACCAUUUUCGGCAAGUGUAAUAACAUUAUUUAGCAACAAUAAAUGGUAAUAAUAAAAUGCGAAGAUGUAACAAAGCAAGGUUUCUGUGAAAUACUCUGAAAAAAACUUCCUCUUCAAGCAAGUCUCUUAUAAGUACCUAUUCAAUGUUUUUUGGGUGGGAAGGAAAAGGGGGUACGGUGGGGUGGGUGCUUAUUAACUUUUUCUGCCUUUAGGAUGAGCGCUUAUUCGAGGUGGGUGCUAAUUCGAGGUUUGGCGCUUAUUUGAAUAGAUAAUUAUGGUACUUUUCUGCUGGAUAGUGAUUUAUCCAGUGGAUAGCAUUAUCCACCUUUUGAACAACCAAGGCCACACAUUUUUUGCAUUUAGUGCAGGCAAGCAAAGUUAAAUGUGAGGCGAGGGGUGAACAAGACACACCUUGUCCUUCACCCUCUAGCUUCACACAUCUCUCACAAUCAAUGCUUGUUUUGUGCUUUCCUUUGCUUGUCUAAAAAGAAACAGUGAUAUAACCUGUUCUGUAGGCUACACAGUAAGUACUAGCCAUAAAUAUAAAUCUCUCUCAGAAAAAAUUUCUUACAUCAAUAAGGCCCCUCCCUUGAGAACGAGGCGGCAGAUUGUAUAACAACUCAUACUAGGUCUUAUCCUGUUGUUAGCAUGCUAACUUAACUCAUUUCGUGUACUUUUUUCAUUACAGUUCCCUGAUCUUAAUGCUCUUAUUAUGCGGAGAUUUAAAGGACCCAAUGAUGUAGAAGAAGCUCGACAAGCAGUGCAUAAGGUAAAUAUUGCCAGAAUUAAAAGGGUACCCCUUAGUUUUCAUGUUUUGUUAUUCACUGACUAUAGGUUGACAGGAUUUAGAGAAGCUCAUUGCCCUGCUCUAAAUAUCCAUAUUUGUACAUGUAAAAAGGCCCCUUUGAUCAUGAGACCAAGUGACACGUCACACGGAUGAAAACCUAGUGUUAUGAGGGUGAAGUAGCAUACAUUCAGUCCAGCACAAAGCGUGUGUAGAUUACUUUGUUUCCCCUUAUAUUGUGCUCUUUUUUUGUGCCCUGCUUUCUUUCUGGAAAUUAUAGAUAAUGCAUAUUGGAGAAAAGACAGGCAAAAGCCUCAUGGCCCGAGCUUACAUGUAAUACGAGGGGUUUCGUUUAGCCUAGUGGGCAUGUUUUCCUCUGUUUGACAUGAUUUAUAGGCACAGUUGUUCUGAUGUCAAAUUAUUGUGCGCCACCAAAGUUGUUUUGAACAUCAUUUGUCACGAGUGUCAUGAUAUCUGGUUUAAUAGUAAUUUUUCACGUGGGUCAGUCACUUUUUUAAUAUUACUCUUUUUUCAGAGUGAUGGUAUAGCCCGCUCCUAUACAUUGGCAAGCCAGUACGCUAAGGAAGCAGUGAGACAAAUCAACAAAUUGUCUCCAUCUCCCCACAGAGAUGCCCUGGUCAAAAUCACACAGGAAGUCCUAAAACGAAGAAAGUAG